AUGAAAGACCAACAAAAGGUUGCUUACCAGAAUCAACAAUCGAUCCGGUGGACGGUCGAGAAUGUACUUGCCCAAGCCAGCCGGCUGAGCGAGCACGACAUUGACUUGGUAGUUCGGGAUAGUUUGGGUGGGCAUCAGCUGGCGAAGGAGGCGUGGCCGACUUACGGCAUGCAGGAGGAUAUUAGGGGCAACUUAGCGAAGGCUCUAAGCUCAAUUAACGGCGAUGAGUUCCGAGUGUGUGUGCUUGUUGGGGAAUUGGAUAUUGUUGAGCCGAAAGAGCGGGUUCUGGAUCAGGUCAUCCGUUUCUUGCAAGAUAAUGGCGUCAAUGCUUCCUUGAGGAUCGUGAAUGGCGUGAAGCAUUUGAUUCCACUGGAGGAUCCAGAGGCGAUUCAGGAGGAGAUAGCUCUGUUUUAG